AUGCUCGCCAAGUCCGUUUUCGCCGCUACCAUGUUCGCGCUCGCCCAGUUCGCUGUCGCUUCGCCUCCGGGUUGUCUCCUUGGUGCCGUCAAUGAGUACGCCAACCCUGCGGAUAUGAAGUCCGUCUGCAAGGACAAGGAUGCUGCCACAAAGAUUGCCAGCGCCUGCGGCGACGACACAAAGGCGGCCCUGAGUGCGUUCGCAGAGGUCUGCGCCGACCAGGGCGUCAAAGUUGCGACUGACGCCCCUACCUCGACUUCCGGCAGCAGCAUCAAGCCCAGUGGCACUGGCGCAUCUGCUUCUGCCUCUGGCACAGGUUCGAUCAUCGUUUCUCCCUCGGGCAACGCGACUCUGGCUACCGCGACUGGCGCAGCACCCACGCCUACCAGCGCCACUGGCACAUCCACCACUGGCCCUCCCGAGUCCACUGGUGCCGCGGGGAAGCUUGAAGUUAGCCUCGUUGCGGCUUUUGCCGGCCUGAUGGCAAUUGCUUUGUAG